AUGGGAGUCCUCGGAUCAUUUGCAGACACGGAUUCCUACCAGUAUUGGCUCCCCGACUCGACGUGGCACCGCUUCAUGUCGUCGACUCCGCCAGCUGGACCGGCGAGGGAGGGGGAGGGAGGAGAGAAGCCGCAUCCGACCACGAUGACUGCAUCUCUUGCGGUGCGCAACGUCCCGAAGCCGCAGGAUGAGCAAGAGCAACACCGUCAGGACGAGAGCGUCGCACAUCGUCGCCGUCGAACGCGUUCUCCCUCUCCGCUCCCAUACCUGCCGCAUUUUCGCCCCAGUGACGCGGCCGAACGUCUCGUCAAGUGCAUCAGGGAUCUCUCAAGCAGUCCGAUGGCGCACGGCGACUCGGGAGAUCUGCGCCUCUCCCUCCAGACUUACUCGGAUAUCAUCGACCGUCUCAACGGCCUGCUCGCCGACAUCACGCCCGUUCCCCGUCCGAUCGCCUAUGAACGCACAACGACUCCUUUGUACUCGCCUGCGUCGUCGACUGACUCCCCUCGCGACCCUGUCUUCGAAGGCGCUCGUGACCGCCAGAUUGUCCCUGCACCGCUCAAGUCGUCCUGCAUGGUGCGCCUCCCGGCCGAGAUUCUCCUCAGCAUCUUCCUUCUCGCCCGCGACAUGCACAUGGCGGAGGAGACCGAGCCUGUCAGCCAAGACGAACGCUUCCAGCCGCCGAAAACAACCCGUUCGUACGCGUUCUCGACCGACGCGAAAGGCGCCUUCUACUUUUCUCUCGGCCUCGCGAACGUCUGCAGGAGUUGGCGCACUCCGGCAAUUGCGGCCGCGCUGCGCAGCAUCGUCCUGCCGUCCGGCGCUGCUCUCCGCGACGUGAUGACGCUCCUCCCGACGUCGUCGUUUAAGAGCGCCUACGCGUCUCAGAUCGCCGAGCUCAAAGUGCUUGUCAUCACCGGCCUCGAUGCACCGGCGUACAAUCGCUAUGACGACGUGCGCAUGCCCGGAGCGCCCGUCGAGAACGGCAAGCAGGUGGAUGCGCUGCCCGUGUGCGCCCACAUUCUUUCGAUGCUCCCCAACCUGCAGAAGCUCGAGAUCGCCCUCUUUCCCGCUCGCGCCAAGAUUAAUCUGUUCCACGGCAAUUAUCCCUACCGCAAUGCCCAAGACUACCUCGCACCGGCUCUCUUUUCCGCCUUGACUGGCCUUUCACAACUUACGUCGCUCACGUUCUCCUGCGGGAUCGACUUCGAAGACCUCGAGGCCAUCUUCCUCAAUCUCCCGCUUCUCCGGCGUUUCGCUGCUCAAGCCAUCAGCGACUUCUCCGAGACCGGCGCCAUCUCGUCGAGCGUCGACCACUCCGCAACACGUCUUGCUUCGUUCCGCGUGGGUCGCGACCGUCCGAACAGCGGGAGCGACGUCCAGCCCGCCCAGCUCGCCUGGCUUCUUCGUCCGCCUUGUUCCGCCCGUUCUCUGCGCGAGCUCGAGUUGCACGUAUAUGUGCUCGACGGGAAUCAGGUCGCGGGACCGUCUUUCGCCAGCUCGGAGGUUGAAGCGCUGCUCCAGCUGAACGGUAGCGCUACCGAGGUUCUCAUUCUCAAUGACACCGCUGAGACGGGACGGGCGAGUCCGCUUUCCGCCCAUUCAUUCUCCGAUUUUGACGCCACCUUCGCGAUCAUCUCCGCACUCCGUACCCUAUCGAUCGACUGGUGCUACACCGGCCCGACUUUCAUCAGCACCGUCUCGUCGCUCGCCCACCUCCAGCAUCUCGAGAUGAGCGGCGCGCCGCACAGCACGCCUGCGGCGACCUUCCUCUGGGCCUUGAAGCACAGCUUUCCUGCUCUCAAACGGCUCAACCUCAGCGGGGACGUGACAGGCUCGUCGGCCGGACUGUGGAGCCGCCCGCGAGCCCCAGCGAGGGGAAGGACCGACUGGACAGGCUCGACGAUCAGGACGAUUCAGGCGAUCUGCGACGAGCGCGGCAUCGAAUACUCGCUCAAGGACAGGGCUCUUUACUACUGA